CUUGUGCACACUGCUGCUCUCACUCACUCACUCACUCCCAAACACGCUGCUGCUGUUCUCUGUGGCUGGCAGGCAUGGACAGUAUUAAAGACGGCUGGUUCACAGAGUCCUGCGCGUUAUGGCCGGGACAAGCGAUGAGCCUCCAAGUAGAAGAGGUCCUUCAUCGCCAAAAAUCCAAAUUUCAAGAUGUUAUGGUUUUCAGGAGUAAAACCUAUGGAAACGUCCUGGUGCUGGACGGAGUGAUCCAGUGCACUGAGAGAGAUGAGUUUGCCUACCAGGAAAUGAUUGCCAACCUUCCACUGUGCAGUCAUCCGUGUCCCAAGAAGGUGCUGAUUAUUGGGGGUGGAGAUGGUGGCGUGUUGAGGGAGGUGGUGAAGCAUCCCCUGGUGGAGUCAGUGGUUCUGUGUGAGAUAGAUGAGGAUGUCAUUAACGUAUCCAAGAAGUUCCUCCCAGGAAUGGCCAAAGGCUUUUUCAGUCCCAAACUCACCCUCCACGUUGGGGACGGCUUUGAAUUCAUGAAGCAGAACCAGGAUGCCUUUGAUAUCAUUAUAACUGAUUCCUCAGACCCAGUCGGACCCGCUGAAAGUUUGUUCAAGGAGUCCUACUAUCAGCUCAUGAAGGCAGCAUUGACCAGCGGUGGAAUCCUUUGCUCCCAAGGAGAGUGUCAAUGGCUUCAUUUGGAGUUGAUAAAGGAGAUGCGGAUCUUCUGCAAGACACUAUUCCCUGUGGUGGACUACGCCUACAGCACCAUCCCAACUUAUCCCAGUGGUCAAAUUGGAUUCAUGCUCUGUAGUAAAAGUCCUGAAACAAAUUUCAGGGAACCAGUGAACGCAAUGUCAAAAGAAGAAGUGGAAAGUAUGAACCUAAAAUAUUACAACGCAGAAGUUCACAAAGCAUCAUUUGUUCUCCCCGAGUUUGCGAGGAAGGUUCUCAGCGAAGCGUGACCAGAAACGGACCGCCGUGUUCCUCCUCGACCCGUCUACCUGCCCCCUCAGACCACAGAAACAAAUGACCUCGUUUUUACAACUUCCUCACCUCCUCAGCAUAGGUCACCUUCACCAAGAGACAUCAGUCGGUGGGAAGUAACUGAGUAGUAAUCUCGUGUCAGUGUUUCCCUCCUACAGUCUUACACACUCUUGGUGUUUCUCACGUAUUCAGAUUUUUAUUUCUGUAAAUGUUUCAUCAGCGUUUGGUGGAAAAGCAGUUUGAUGAGCGGGGCUGAGGGAAGCGCGUUGCCAUCAUCCUGACCUCAUUCUGAAAGGGUGUACUGUUUAUUUGAUUCACUGUAACUACAUAUUAUGCAAUAUGUUACCCACAUUUUAGAGUAUAUAAACUGUAUUCAUGUAUUGCUGCAUAUUUGUGUUAUAUCUGUGCUCGUUGGAAAAUACAGUAACCAUUUGUCAUGACUAAACAUUCAGGUUAUUGAUCGUUCUGAGACACAUGAACUUUAUAGUGCCUGAUAUUAAUGUUUUCCGGAAGAGAAAAGCUUGUCUGUAUCUAACGUAGAUGGUAUCCGACACAAGAGAGGAGUACGAUCCCUUUUUAAUAUCAACUUGAGAUCACAUACAUUUGACUGACUUUGAAACAAAACUCUAAUAUUAGUAUUAAAAUGUAAAAUGGCUGCUUAAAAAAGAAUAGUAAAAAUCAAGUACAUUCAUGGAGAUUGUCAGAUCACGAUGUUUUGUUUAUUUCGUUUUUUUUUAAGGACGUCAAUUCAUUAUGCAAUUAUAAACUACACAAUUGGGUGUUGUCUACUGGUAGUAAGCCUGCAGUCAUAUUGCAGCAUAUUUAUAUUUCUUCAUUUGGAAAACUAAUGUUUCUUUUUGAUUAAUUUAGUGAAUUAAUGUAAAAUAACAAUGAUAAUAAUUUACUAUGUAAGUCAAGAUUAUCUCUGUUGAGCCAUGGUGUUAUACCGAAACAAUUAAUUUGUGUUUUUAUAAGAAUUAUGAACUAAUAAAUUGGUAACAAAUUUUA